CCUUUCGCGAUCAUCCAUCCAUCAAAUAUAUUACCACCGCUCUUCUUCUAGUACCAGCAUACCUUCAUUUCAUCCCGUAGUUUCUGUAGACCCCGAAGCUCAAAUAUACGAGGAGGGAUAAAUCCAUCAAUCAACACAUGGAUCCCAAGGUUGCUGUUGCUCUCGCUCUGUCCCUUAUCGGUGGCCUUAGCACGUCUCUUGGUGCGUUGCUGGCUAUCCUAAAUUGUGCCCCAAACAACAAAACACUCGGGAUGUUACAGGGUUUUGCUACUGGGCUCAUGCUGAGCAUGUCUUUCUUUGACUUGGCUUAUGAUGCUGUCAACGCAAUUGGUUUUCUAAAAGGAAACCUUUGGUUUUUUGCUGGGGCACUCUUGUUUUCCACUAUUGCUGAGGUUUUCCCUGAACCAGAUUGCAAUUUAGCAGAUGAAAAUGACAAACAUGAAAAUAAGACUGGUAAUAAAAUAACAGGGAAGGAACUCAUGACGAGACACCGCCGAAGAGUAAUCUUUAGUGUCAUUGUCACAGCAAUCGUUGCUGGUGUGAGUUUGCAAAACUUCCCUGUGGGUACUGCUGCAUUUCUUGGAACCACAAAGGGCUUCCGUGUGGGCCUUAACUUGGCUCUUGCUAUAGCUCUACACUACAUCCCAGAGGGUAUUUCGGUAGCUCUCCCUGCGUAUUUUGCCACUUGCAGCAAAUGGCAAGCCUUCAAACUAGCAACGCUAUCUGGUUUUGCAGAACCACUAGGUGUGAUUAUCGUGGCAUAUCUAUUUCCAAGCAACUUGAAUCCUGAAAUAUUGGAAGGCCUACUUGGAUUAGUGGGAGGGGUCAUGGCUUUUCUAACGUUAUAUGAAAUGCUACCAUUAGCAUUUGAAUACGCAGGACGCAAGGAUGCUGUGAAGGCUGUAUUUGUUGGCAUGGCUUUUAUGUCCAUGAGCUUGCACUUCCUAGAUAUUAGUCUUCCAAAGGAAAUGAGUGCAUAACAUUGGGUCCUGCUGUGGACAAGAUUAUCCGAUUAUCGACUUUGCACUAAGAAUUGGCAAGACAGCAUAACCAAAGUGGUGCAUCACAUUUAACGGUGUUGGUUGGAAAGACCUGCCUACGGUUAACACAGUGUGAAGGUUUAAGCAAUAAUUGACAGUAGAAUGACAUGUCUCAUCAAUGCUCUCCCAGAUGCAUGGUUCUUGGAAAUUUACUAUCAGAAAACAAUAUAUGUAGGUGAGCAACACAUCUGUAAAUAAUGGAUGAGACUGUAAAUUACUUGAACAAUGAGAAAAAAAAAAUACUCAAUGUCUCAAUGAAGUAAUAAAUUA